AUUUUGGGGGUAUUUUUACGAGGAAAUCUCCAUGGAAUUAAAUGUUUCUUGUAAUGAUUUUUGGUGACCCACCAGUGUUGUGUCCUCACUGCUCAUCCCCAGGGUGAAAUAAUGGUAAAUUCAAUUUGCAGCUACAGGAGAUUUAAGAGUUUUUCACCGUUCCUAUUUUUAUUUAAGUUAUGCUGGUGAGUACAUUCACAAAAUGAGGCUUCUUCCAACCAGAACUAUUCAAUUUUAUUUAAUACAAACAACAAGUGACAAUGAUAAAAACGCUGGUAUUAUUCAGGCUAGCAAAUAGUAAGAGCUCCUCCAAUAUCUCACUCUCUAUUUUCCUUCUGGGUACCACAAAAAUUGCCUAGAAAAGCUGAAUACUGCUUUGGGAAGAUUGGGAAAAUAAUUCCAAGUUUAUUCUGUUUAUAACCCACAUCUCCCGUGUGCUGGAGCGCUGAACAGACAAUGAAUUCCCGUUUGCAGGAUCAGAUUAUUUGGUUCUCUAGCCAAAAUAUAAAAACAAUUGAUGCCCUGAUGCUUCCACGCUACGGCGAGCAGGAGGAGGAGCUGUUGAGCAAGGAAUGCUUUUCCCGGUUUUCCAAGAGGAUAAUUCUGCAGUUUAUUCACAAACCUGGCUCAGAAAUCACUUCUCAUUCCUCUCACAAGUGACCAAAACCCACAAUUAAACAGCAGCUGUUACCCCCAAUAUUGGUGAGGUUUUAUUGCUGAUUUUUAAAAUAAUCUCUGGGUGCUGAAGUUCUGCCUCUCCCCUGGGAAGAGUAGAAUGAGCUCUGAAAUUGGGAUUUUUUUGUCUCCAGUCACUGAGCUGGCUCAAUCUUUGCAUUUUUAUCUUCUUGUUUUCUUUGUGUUAGGGUUGGGAUUCAAGUGUUUGAGACAGCAUUUGGAGUUUGGACUUGGAUGUUUGUUAUUUCUUAUCUAAAUUACAGUUUUAUAGGUUGUGAGUUCUGUAGUAUUUUAUUAAUAAGUUAGGUCUUUUAAGGUUAAACUGUCGAAUUAAGAAAUCACACAAAUUUUUUCCAACAAAAUGCUACCUUGGCAAGCUCUACUCUCGGUUUAAUAAUUGACAAAAUCCCGGUUUGUUUCCGUUUUGACUGCGAGCUUGUGAAAGGAACUGGGGAACACGCGAGGGUCAAUUCCAUCCUUUAGAGGAAUCCCAGGAUGGUCUGUGUUGGAAGGGACUUAACCGGCGUCUCAUCCUACGGGCAGGGACACAUCCCGCUGUCGCAGGUUGCUCCAACAACCAAAUAACUUUGAUUAAAUCAUUUUAAUUACACUUUGAUUGAAUAAUUGUAAUUCCAGGCUGCAGCUCCUUUAUCCCAUCCCUGGGAUAAAAACAUUCCUGGGAUAAAAAACAUCAGUCCAAGAACUUAGGAAAAAGCUUUGGACUGCCCGUAAAUAUGUGCAAAAUAUUAAAUACUCAGCCUUGCUGAAGAUUUUGGGGCUCUUUUCUCUGUUUUUCUAAUAUCUGUUAUUCAGGGAGUAGUCCAAUUCAAAAACCUCUCUAGAUGUAAAGAAGUACCAGAACUUUGAUUGCACUUUGAUUAAAUAAUUUUGAUUUUUUUUUUAAUUUAAAAAAAAAUUGAUUUCCAUUUAAAUCGCUUCGAUUAAAUAAUUUUUUCCUUCCCCGGCCGCUCCCAGCCUACAACUCCCAGCAUGCCGCACACUCCGCCCGCACCGGCGCGCUCCCGCGGGGGCUGCCGGGAUUUGUAGUUCAGCGGCGCGGCGGGGGCGGCGGCCGGGACGCUCCGCCCGGGUGGAAGGAGGGCGGGCCGGCGGCGGGCGCGGGGGGCACGGGACGCAGGUACCGCGGGCGGCCCUGGCAGCCACCUCCCGGGCCGAGCCGAGCCGAGCCGAGCCGAGCCGAGCCGCGGCGGGCAGCGGCGUUCAGGAGGCACCCGGCGGCGCAGCGCUCGGCGCAUCCAUCGGCGGGCCCGCGCCCCCGCGGCACGGACGGGGCGCCGCGGGGCCGGGGCGCGGCCGCCGGCAGCAGCGGGAGCGGAGCCGCAGCGAGGGAGCGGAGCGGAGCGGAACGGAGCGGAGCGGAACGGAGCGCGGGGCUCGGCGCUGCCCGGCCGGCCGAGCAUGCACUGAGCGAGCGGCCCCGGGCUCGGAGCCGCCCCGCUGCAUGGUGUGGGGAGACACGGUCGCGAUAAUAAAUGAUAGAGGAUACAAUGACUUUGCUGUCUCUGCUGGGUCGGAUCAUGCGUUACUUCUUGCUCAGACCGGAGACCCUGUUCUUGCUGUGCAUCAGCCUGGCCCUGUGGAGUUAUUUCUUCCACACGGAUGAGGUGAAAACCAUUGUUAAGUCCAGCAGGGAUGCGGUGAAGAUGGUGAAGGGCAAGGUGGCCGAGAUCAUGCAGAAUGACAGGCUCGGGGGUUUAGACGUGCUGGACGCUGAGUUCUCCAAGACCUGGGAGUUCAAGAGCCACAACGUGGCUGUCUACUCCAUCCAAGGCCGCAGGGAUCACAUGGAGGACAGGUUCGAAGUAAUCACCGACCUGGUGAACAAGACUCACCCCUCCAUCUUCGGGAUAUUUGAUGGGCACGGAGGAGAGUCCGCAGCGGAGUACGUGAAGGCGCGGCUGCCCGAGGUGCUGAAGCAGCACCUGCAGGACUACGAGAGGGACAAAGAGAACAGCGUGCUGUCCUACCAGAGCAUCCUGGAGCAGCAGAUCCUCUCCAUCGACCGGGAGAUGCUGGAGAAGCUCACCGUGUCCUACGACGAGGCAGGCACCACGUGUCUGAUCGCCCUCCUGUCCGACAAGGAGCUGACCGUGGCCAACGUGGGCGACUCCCGGGGCGUCCUCUGUGACAAGGAUGGCAACGCCAUCCCCCUGUCCCACGACCACAAGCCCUACCAGCUGAAGGAGAGGAAGAGGAUUAAGAGAGCUGGUGGGUUCAUCAGCUUCAACGGCUCGUGGCGCGUGCAGGGCAUCCUGGCCAUGUCGCGCUCGCUGGGCGACUACCCCCUGAAGAACCUGAACGUGGUGAUCCCCGACCCCGACAUCCUGAGCUUUGACCUGGACAAACUGCAGCCAGAGUUCAUGAUCCUGGCCUCGGACGGGCUGUGGGACGCCUUCAGCAACGAGGAGGCCGUGCGGUUCAUCAAGGAGCGCCUGGACGAGCCGCACUUCGGCGCCAAGAGCAUCGUGCUGCAGUCCUUCUACAGAGGCUGCCCCGACAACAUCACAGUCAUGGUGGUGAAGUUCAGGAAUAGCAGCAAAGCAGAGGAGCAGCAGUGAGGAGCCCCCGGGCCCGCUCAGGACUCAGAACAGUUCGUCCGUGGUAGGAAGCUCUAGGAACGCCGUGCGGGCUCUCCCGCAGGAACGGAUCUCGCUGGGCUCUGCUCUCAGCUUGGCAAAAGGAGCAAUACAACAAAUCCAUGCUGAGCGACCACAAGAAUCCAGUUUGUCCCCUGUCCCUGCCCCGCGCCCUCGCUGCUCCUUAGGAACCGACUGGAACCUCCCAUUUCUCACUUUUCUUUAGGAUCCUGUGUCGGGUUUGGGUUUGAUUCCUCCCCUCGUGUGCCAGCCCCAGGCUGGCUCAGGGGCACGGCAGGGUCAGGGCAGUGCUGCUGCUUUUCCCUCCUGGGUGUCACGGCUCAGGAGCUGCUCUCGUGUUCCUCAUCUCUGUACCCUGCAGUGGUAGGGGUGGGUAGGAGAAGGGUUUGUGAUGUGAAGGAGGAAGAGGAGGCAACUCUCAGCCUGCUGCCACUGCUGGCUCUCGCUUUGUUUAACCUCCCCCCAGAAUAAACCCUGCCAAGCAUGUGAGUAGGUAGAGCUCCUGAGUUACCACGUUUAUUCAGGCUGUGCAUUACUCUAGGACAGUUCUUCUAGGCCAUAUUGUAUCCAAACCAGCUCGUGGUGAACUUCAGCAAAACCCUGGGGGUUCUGAACCUCCUGGACGGGAGCAGAGCUCAGCGGUGGUAGCAGAAUGUCUGUCCUUCACCGAGAAUCACCCUGACCUUAUUUCCGUGGCAUGGACUUGGAAAGAGAUGUGAGAGAAAAUGAAUUUGACUUUUGGGAGCCUCACCCAAGCAGGGCGUUCCUCAGAGCUACCUAGCUGGAAGUCAAGCCUGUGAAAGACUUCCUUGUUCCACUGCAGAUGGAUUUGUGGUGUUAAUCCCGGGGCAGACCCCUCUGAACGGGCUUUUGGGAUGACAUGCAAAUGCCAGGCAGCAUCAAUGCACUGUAGAGAUGAAAGGUUGUGUCAAAUCUAGAUUUUAAAAGUAUGUUUAGAUCUAACUUUCAGUAUUUAAUUGUAUUUUGGGAUCUGUGACUGCUGUAAGUUGGAAUGAGGACAGUUUGGGUUUGCUGCACCUCUGGUACCAGCUGUGUCAUGGCAGAGGGACAGGGCAGGCAGGAUUUUGUAUGGCUCCUUUAUCCUUAUCCUGCCUUACAGAAGGCCCUGGGAUCUCCCCA